AUGGAUCGCACUUGCAGGAUCCAGAGGACCUUGAGGCAAAAGAAGAGCGCACCGUCUGGGAACAAGGGUAUUCAGUUGAAGAGGUACAUUGACAAGACUCUCGGCGAGGGUGACCUGCGAGAGGCUGUCCGUCUGCCCAUCGGGGAGGACCUCAACGAGUGGCUGGCUGUCAACACUGUUGACUUCUUCAACAAUGUGAACAUGCUAUACAGCACCCUGAUGGAGGUCUGCACGCCAGCUACCUGCCCGACCAUGUCGGCUGGACCAAAGUAUGAGUACAGGUGGGCUGAUGGAGUCAAGGUCAAGAGGCCUGUCGCGGUGUCUGCACCAAAGUACGUGGAGUACCUAAUGGACUGGAUAGAGGCCCAUCUGGAUGAUGCAGACAUAUUCCCUCAACAUUUUGGGGCUCCUUUCCCUCCCAACUUCCGUGAUGUCGUCAAGACGAUCCUGAAGCGCCUCUUCAGGGUGUACGCGCACAUCUACCACUCGCAUUUUCAGAUGAUUAUGAACCUCGAGGAAGUGAAGCAUCUCAAUACUUGCUUCAAGCACUUCACUUUCUUCACAAUGGAAUUCCAGCUGAUCGACAAGGAAGAGCUGGCUCCCCUCAACGAGUUGAUCGAACCCAUAAUGUGUGGGCGAUGA